ACCGGAAGUCGAACCUCCGUCUGUAUACGGGAAGAAAACAUGUAACGAGACUGCAAGCUUGUCUCGUUGUUUGGUGGAAAUAAUAAUAAUAAUAAUAAUUAAAAAAAACCCGUAUAACAAACUCAGCGGAAGCGAGUUGUGAUGGCCAGUGAGUACAGCAGAGAGCCAUCUGGGCUAGAUGGACUACCAGAGCUGUACAGCAUUCUACGAGGAGAGGUGGCUACUAUUACAGCAUAUGGUGCUUUUGUUAAGAUUCCAGGAUACAGAAAACACGGUCUCGUUCAUAAGAAUGAUAUGUCUGCCUCCCGGGUUGACAAUCCCGCUGAAAUUGUCGAUGUUGGUGAGCGAGUGUGGAUUAAAGUCAUAGGCAGAGAGAUUAAUGAUGAUGAUAAAAUCAAGCUUGCUUUUUCCAUGAAAGCUGUUAAUCAAGGCACAGGGCGGGACCUGGAUCCCAACAAUGUGAUGACAGAGCAGGAUGCACGCAGGCGAAGGCAAUUCCGGGAUUACUCAAGUCAGAAAAUCACUCUAGAGGCUGUGCUCAAUACUACCUGUAAGAAGUGUGGGUGCACAGGUCACUUUGCAAAGGACUGUUUCUCACAGCCAGGGGAGAAGCAGUAUAGUUUGGUGCCAGAAGAGGAGGAGGAACCAGCCAGCCAGUCUGUCCAAUCAGAGCCUCAGAAAAGAAAGAAGGAAAAGAAAGCCAAGAAAGAGAAGAAAAAGAGAAAGCUAGAGAACUCGUCUCCAGACAGCAGUGAUAAUGCCAAACGAGCAAGACAUUCCCAUACACAUUCGGAAAAGAAGAAAAAGCACAAGAAACAUAAGCACAAGACACACAAAUGAGCUCUGGCUAUCAGGUCAUGGAGUUCCCAUGUCCAGAUGUGUGUGUGUGUUCGCAAACAAAGGACUUUCAGUCUUUGCACUGAUCUUAGACCAGUCAGUUUUCCUCCUUCCUGUGUCUGAAGGCUGUUCAUUUUAUAGAAAAUCUGGAAUUGCUGCAAACAAAAACCAGUGAUGGAGAAUAAAAGUGCUGAAAUGCAAACUGGUCAUACAAAAUGGUCUAAAAUAUUUUCAGUCACUUAUUUGUUGCAGUUUUUCAAAACUUUGGUACAAAGGUCAUGACUAGAGUGGUUGGAAUUUGGAGGUGAGUUCAAGGGAGGUCAUUCCUGCAUGACCUCCUUACCCAUUGAACUGACCGAAGCCAGUCAUCAACUCAAAUUAGAACACACGUGACAUGGAUAUGGGAACAUGCUUAAAUUAGACAUACAGGACACAGUCUCAGCAAACAUACAGUCACCUAGCAGACUAGCACAGGGAGCUUGGAUCGGCUGCUGGAAAUAUUACCAGGUAUAAAUAGGCUGCGUAAU